AUGGAGCAGCCUGAACCUACAGUAAAAUUCCAGGUUUUACGAGAACAAGCCAGAGUCCGUAUCCUAGAAAUCCUUGACUUAAUCCAAGGUCCCAAAUUUUUAGCAAUUGAUCCUUGUCUUAUUGGUCCUUUAAGCCUGAUCAUCGAAAUGUCUGUUCUCAAAGAUCAUGGAGUUAGUAAGGUAGGUGCCGUAAUUUCCAAUGACAUGGAUUUCGAUUGCCGUGAUGUCAUAUACAUAGUCAGACCUACAAUCCAAAUGAUGCAAACCCUAAGUUCACAAGUCCACGAAUGCAUUGCUAAUGGUGACAAAGACCACAGAUACCACUUAUAUAUGUGCCCCAGAGUGACCACAGUCUGUGAAAAAAUAUUAAUGAGCAACGGCGUCAUGGGAGAAUUCGACAUUAUCGAGCAGCUUAUGAUUUAUUUAAUUCCUCUUGAAAAUGAUCUCUUAUCAAUGCAGAUGGAAAGAUCUUUCAGAGAACUUGUAUUAGACCGCGACUUUACCAUGUACCACUACAUCGCACGAGCCAUUUUGCAGUUAGAGCACGUUUUCGGUCCGAUUCCUAUAAAAGAAGGCAAAGGUAUCGCAUCAUCCCAUGUCUUAAGAAUCCUAAAAAUGCUUGAAGAAGAAGACCCAGACUAUGUCUCUGAGCAUCCUAUAAGCGAAAUUCAAGGCGCUAUUUUAAUUGAUAGAGAAAUUGACAUGAUAACUCCUCUAUGCACCCCACUUACAUAUGAAGCACUAAUUGACGAAGUUUUUGGAAUCGCUAAUAACAUUAUUAAAGUCGCCCCAAAGGUCCUAGAAAAAGACGACACUGAUAAGCCUAUUCAGGUCUCUUUAACUUCUAGUGACUCAGUUUACCAAGAAAUCAGGGACCUUAACUUCUGUGUGCUAAAACCUUUACUUGUGGAGAAAUUGGAGUAUAUUGAUAGCACUUAUAAAGAAAAAGACCAACAGAGGACUGUAGAAGACUUAAGUAAGUAUAUGAAAAAGUUUAAACAGGCUCAUAAAGAAGCGGCAUCAGUGCAGAAUCAUUUGCAUUUGGCAAUUCAUAUCACGAAUGAAACAGUUAAAAACCCGUUUUUUAAUCAAAAUUUGGAUAUUGAGCAUUCAAUCAUUAUGGGGGACACAGAUCCAAUGAUAUUAGACCAUAUAGAAAGGCUUAUUGGCAUGGGCGAAGACCUCUAUACAGUUCUCCGGCUGCUUUGCCUUAUAUCAGUAACCCAAAAUGGCCUAAAAGGCAAAACUUUUGAUUUUUUCAGAAAAGAAAUCAUACAGAGCUACGGCUUUGAAACCAUUUUAACACUAUCUAACUUAGAGCGUGCAGGGCUGCUUAAAAAGCAAGAGGUUAAAAGCAAUUGGAGCAAUUUAAUGAAAUCAUUUAGACUUAUAAAUGAAGAUGUAAACCAAAGGGUCCCUGAUGACAUUGCUUACGCUUAUGCAGGAUACGCCCCACUGUCAUUAAGACUUAUAGAAAUGCUUUAUUCGACUGGCUGGGUAAAUGAAGCUGUAAGGUCUUUGCCUGGAGAUUAUCAUACAAUUAGAUAUGAUAUUGAUGAGCAAAAUAACCCUGGAAAACCAGUAGUAAUUUUAUUUUUCUUAGGAGGGAUCACCUUUGCAGAAAUCGCUGCUGUGAGAUAUCUAAAUAAGCGGCCGGAAUCAAGAAAAGAGUUUGUGAUUGCUACGACACAUAUAGUGAAUUCUCAUACAUUUUUGACGUCAGUGAGUGAACAAAUUCAUAAUUAAAAUAUGGCGUCUUCGUCUGGGCAUGGCCUCCCGGCCAUGCAGCCUCGACUCAUAUUUUAAUUAUAUCCGGCAAGGUUUACCAUUUCAGAGAUGGACGGCAAUGCUAGGUAAGCAAUUCUGGUAGCUUUCAGAGCCUAGCCCUAGUCUAUUCUCAGGGGUGGAUUUUUCCUCGUGGGGAAGGAGGGUGCAAGGUUGGAAAAGGGGAAGCCCAGCAAAGUCCUCUGGACCAUUCGGGCAACUCCCUAGCGUGAAACUGGGCGUUACGUCCCAGGCUUUGCAUUUUUCCUUUUUGCCGAUAGCCGACCAGAAAAAUCCAUUUUUUUGGGUUUUUCGGAAAAGCAACCCAUGUACAAGCAAGUAGCUCAUCCAUGAGCCGUCGAAGACGUGGACAUUUGCCCUAGAAGCACCUUGGUGAUCGAAGCAAGUUUGUCUCCAGCAGACUGGUGGCCCGAUGCGACGAAAGGCGAGUGAUAAACCUGGAGUUGUAACCCCGUAGUGGACGUUAAGCGAUAUAAAAUUCUAAUGUAAUAAUGUAAUGAGUGAACAAAUUCAAAAUGAAAUAGAAAGGAGUAGCAUAGAUUAAUAUUCCAGCUUUAUUUAAUUAAAAAAAUAUGAUUUUUUAUAAAUUUUAUACAAAUUUAUUAUAAGCCAGCA